AUGACCGCAGCUGUUAAGCCUAUCACUAAUAUUAGUGCAGUAUUCAAUCUUUUGCUCACUUUCCUGGAAAAGAUUUCUGAUGAAGAUGUUUGGAAGAGUGUUCUUGGUGAACGUGUUGUUAACCUAGGCCAAAAGUACUUUGGUAAUGACUUUGUGGCACUUUCUCUGGCGUUUUAUAUUGCUCCUAUUUUAAGAAUGCAUUGGUCUCAAUUAAUGGAAAAAAUUUCGAAAAAGGUUGCUCCUGCUGGUACAAUUUCUUUAAAGAUAUAUUCCACGGAUACACUCUAUCAAUGUAUCUCACAAUACGUAUUCGAUCAUGGCACUGCUCGAAAAGACUUACAGACUGGUGUGGCUCAAUAUGCUGAAGUUAGUGACCGUGUUGCAACAGAAGUAGAUGAUUAUGAUUAUGACAACGAUAGCCAAUGGUGUGAUCAUACCAAUUACUCUGAAUUCAAUGAUCCUGAUCUUGCCAAGGUUCGACUUAUUCCUCCUUCAAACUUUGACGAAGAAAUUGUGUAUAAAGGCCAUUUGAUCAAGAUUGAAUUUAAAGACGCCAGUAAUAUUAAAGGGAAUGAAGACUCAGAACACGUCUUGGUCAGCAUGAGUGGACGUGAUACUAGGAAAUUACAUGUUAUCUUGCAAGAAUGGUCAGAUGACUAUAACAAAAACCUUGCCAGCAGACAUAUUUAUCGCUCAAAUGGCUAUAGCUGGAUGUUUGAAAGAACAUUGCCUUUUCGAGAUAUGGACAGCAUUCACUUACGUGAUGGUCAAAAAGACUUAUUAGUUAGAGAUAUGCAAACAUUCAAGAAGCGUGCAGAAUGGUACAAAAAGAGAGGCAUUCCUCAUCGUCGUGGCUACUUGUUGUAUGGUCCCCCUGGUACUGGUAAAACAUCAACCAUUCAAGCUAUUGCGAACGAACUUAAUCUACAUAUUGCUAUUGCCAGCUGUAUCACAGACUUCAAUGAUAGCGACCUUAAAUCUUUAAUUCAAUGCGUACCUUAUAACAGUAUUGUUGUAAUUGAAGAUAUUGACCAUUUGUUUGAUUCAAAGGAAGAUGACAGUCGUAGCAACUACCAUCUACUGACGAUGAGUGGCUUGUUGAAUAUUAUGGACGGUAUGCAUAGCCAUGAAGGAUCAAUGAUCUUUAUGACUUGUAAUAAUAUAAACAAAAUUCAACCUGCUUUGCUUCGUCCUGGUCGAAUUGAUCUCAAGCUCAAAUUUGAUUAUGCUGCUAAGGAACAGAUCAGAGACACGUAUUGGAGAUUCAUGAGACUUGAUGAAGAAACUUCAAAGCCUCUUAUCGAUGAAGAAAGGGUCAAAGCUGAAAAAUACGCUGACAAGUUUGUUGGAAUGAUACCUACGGAUUACGUUACUACAGCCGAAAUCCAGAGCUUUUUCAUUGACAUGUUAUUGGAGGCCAACUAUAAUAACUGGACCAGAGACUAUAUUUAUGAAGUUAUGUUUGAAAGGAUACCCAAGUUCUUAAAACAAGUAGGAUCUGAUAGAGAACAAGCCAAGAAGCAUGACGGUAUCAAGGAUGAAGAAAAAUCCAAAGAAACUGACUCAACUGAAAGUGAAAGCGAAGAUGAAGACCAAGGUAAAAAAAAGGCUUCCAAAAUCGAAGAGGUAGAGGAGGCAGAGGAGGCAGAAGAGGUCAAAGCCACCGAAGAGUCAACAUGUAAAGAUAAAGAAGACUCGAACUAA